UACAAACAUAUGAAAAUACAAAUAAAACACCCCCCAUUGCGAAAAGCUCUGCACGCCCUUGUUCUUGAUAGCAGCAAAGAACAGAAAGAGAAACAGAAAGAGAAAAUAAGUAUUCCGCAUUGGCAAAGCUUCAGUAUGCAAUAGAAUUUCAAUAGGGGAGGACUGACUGAAAUAUCGGGCAAGUACUUGCAAUGGAGACGAGUUACUUGAAGCGUUCCAAUCGCCUAUUGAAUCAAAGGAAUCGCCAUCAAUUGCUCGCCACAGUGAUAAUCAAUUUAAUAUGUUUGGCACAUGGCAUCGGGAUUGGUUGGCUAUCGCCUACACUGCGCAAAUUGCAAUCCCCGGAUACGCCGCUUCAGUUUCCUAUAAGCGUCAAAGAGAUCUCGUGGAUCGGCUCAGCGUUGGGCCUGGGUUCCAUGACCGGCAACAUACUCUCCGGACUUUUUCUCCAUCGCAUUGGUGGCCGGCUGUGUCUACUCUUUAUGGCUCUGCCACACUCGUGUCUUUGGCUGUUGGUUUACUUUGCCAAGAGUGUUGACUAUCUGAUUGUUGGUCGAUUUUUGGCGGGUAUUACCGGUGGUGGUAUAUAUAUCAUACAUCCCUUAUUUCUAAGUGAAAUAUCCGAUGCAAACAUUCGUGGCACUUUAGCAUCGAUGGUGAUGCUCUCUGUGAAUAUUGGCAUUCUUAUUGGUUACAUUUUGGGCACAUAUCUUGCCUAUCACCUUAUACCAUUGAUAGUGUUCAUCUGUCCACUUUGCUAUUUUAUAUUGGUAUUCAUAUUUAUACGUGACUCACCGAUGCAUCUCAUACACAAGUGCAACUUUGCGGCAGCUGAGCAAUCUUUCAGAUACUACAGGAAUAUCAAGGAAGAAGAAGAAAGCUUGAGUAUGAUGGCAAUUGGUGAAUUUAAUAAUAUUAAAGACACGCUCACCAAUGAUGAUAAUAAGCCCCAUAAAGUCGUCCUCAAGGACUUCUUUACUCCUGCCGCAAUUAAGGGCUAUGGCAUGGCGGCUGUGAUUGUUAUUGCCAAUCAGUUUAGUGGUCUUUUUACCAUGCUCAACUAUAUGUCGGAUAUAUUUGCCAUGUCGGGCAGCAGCAUGGAUCCGAAUACCAGCACAAUUAUCAUUGGAUCUGUUCAGAUUCUGGGCGCUUAUGUGAGCACAAUUCUCUGUGAUGUCUUUGGCCGCAAAAUUCUCAUGUUGGUAUCCUCAGGGGGCGUGGCUUUAAGUCUGACUGCCUUUGGCUUCUUUACCCAUUUUGCGGGCAUUUAUGAUUUGACCGAUUGGGGUUGGGUGCCCGUCGCCAUUAUGUCCAUGGAUAUAUUUUUGGGCAACAUUGGCCUGAUCAGCUGCCUCUUUGUGCUGAUGGUAGAAAUGUUUCCACUUAAGAUACGCGCCAGAGCAACAUCAAUUGCGAUUGUUGUGUGCAGCUCGCUUGUGUUUCUGAUGCUGAAUAUUUUCCCACUGUGCAUGGCCAAGUGGGGUCUCCCAGCCACGCUGUGGUCAUGUGCGGGCAUUACGGCAAUUUGUUUCCUUUGCUUUUUGUUCUUCUUAAAAGAGACCAAGGGAAAGUCAAUGCUGGAUGACUAAAAUAAAAGACACAAUUUUAAUUAUUAAGUAGAAAACAUAUGUAGUUUAUAUUAAAAUUAAGACAUGAUAUAGAAAUACAAUUCCCCCGCUCCACGCUCCACGCUCCACCUUGCAAACACAUACACACACUUUUGUAAAUAUGUAGAAAAUUUUAUUUUGAAUUAUUUCAGUAUAAUAUGCUCAGCUGCCUCUGUUGUAGAACUUA